UAUGUGUCUCCACCGAGAGGCUCAGAAUUUAAGGAUGAUCGUAUUUGUAUGUUUGCUUUCGUUGGCGCUGGCGGAACCACCUGUACGAGACAGUUAUCUAGACGCAGCAGAAUCACUCCAAGAUCAUGGACUUCACCAGCAAUAUAUACCUGACCUGACUGCACCGUCUGCACGACAUCAAACCAACCCUCAACAUGUACCAACUUCUAGACUAUCUCAACAUGGUGCUCCAGAUUUUCGGGACAAUUUGUCCCAAGUGUACAGUGCACCAAAGAAUUCCCGACUUUCACAAGAAUACUUGACUCCAGAAUUUCGAGACAAUUUAUCCCAAGUUUAUGGAGCACCAAAGAAUUCCCGACUUUCACAAGAAUACGGGACUCCAGAUUUUCGUGAUAAUUUAUCACAAAAGUACGGGACACCAAACAAAGAGUCUUUUAGGUCUUUAUCUCAGGAAUAUGGGGUACCAGCCACCUCACAAUAUGAUGAUACCAAUUUUUCGUCUAUUCCAAAAAGCAGUGUAACACAUUACGGUUCACCAACUAGUAGAAUACUUCCGUCUAGUUCUUAUCUUCCUUCCCAACGUUCAACAUCAACAGAGUAUGGAUUGCCAGAUGACUUAUCUCGUAGAAGUUCUACUAGAAACUCAUCACCUGUCCAAAAAUACGGCGUACCUAAAUUCCAAAGCAGACAAUCUCAAUUUACUUCUGACGGUUACGGUUCCUCGAAUUCUGUUCUUUCCUCUGCCAGAUCAAGUAACUACCAAGCAAAAGCACCUUCACAAUUUGGAACUCGUUCUUUGCCAACGUUAUAUGGCGGUCCUGAAGCUUGGAAUGGCUAUUCUGAACCUUUAGAGAAAUUUGGUGUCCCUAAUGCAAGAAUCUCUCAAGAAUUUGGACAGCUUGCAGGAAGAUCUAUUGGUGCAAAAACUAAUGCAUUGACUUCAUCAUACUCGACGAUUAAAUCACCAUCUCAGCAAUAUGGCGUUCCACAAUCUCGGGACUCUAUGCCAUCCAAUCAGUAUGGUGCACCAGUUGAUGGAGUUUCAGAUCAGGGCUAUAAUUACGCCAGAAAUGCCUUAGAUCUUUUAAACCAGGAAUCAGCAAACUAUGAGUUUGCUUACAAAGUAGACGACUAUGAAAGCGGUAGUGACUUUGGUCAUAUAGAGAUGAGACAAGAGGGUAAAGCUGAAGGAUCUUACUUUGUUGUGUUGCCAGAUGGAACAAAACAGGUUGUAGAAUACGAGGCCGAUGAGGAGGGAUUCAAGCCGCGGAUUUCAGUGCAGCCAGCAGAUGUAGACAGUCGUAAUGCAGGGCCGUACUAA